AAAGAAUUCCGUGUAUUUAAUUACUCCCUGAAUACUUAUUACUUGCUUAGUUUGUGUAUCAGUUGAAUUCAGGUGAUGAAACAGCGUAUGAGAAAACUACUAAGUACAUUUACUUCUGCAGUGACGAAUACUCGUCCCACUCCCGCAUGUAAACAAGUGAUUUCUAGUCAACUCGUACCCUGACCAACUUGUACCAAAAAGACAAGUCAACUCAUACCCAAGAAUCUGCCCAUAAUGCAAUAUAUAUGCGCAUAUAGCUUAAGUACGAGUUGUCAUCAAUUGAAGAGGAGUCAACUCGUAACAAGAUUCUUGGAUAUGUGUUGACUUUUUGCCUGUUGGGUACAAGUGGACCUAUUUGGUACGAGUUGACCAGGGUACGAGUCGGUCAGGGUACGAUUUCACUUGACUCCAAACAAGUUGUUUUGCGCCUUACUUUGUACGAGAGUUCUUUACAGGGAAAUAACUCGAACGUAUCUCGAAACCGGCGUAUUACAUAAAUCAAAAUUAGGAUUAGAUACACAGAGAAUCCACAUCUAUCGGAGAUAUUGUCACCGCAAAAAUAAAAAUGCGGGGGGGGGGGGGGGGUAGUAGUGUCCAUACUUCAGUUGCCUGUUGUUUAUAAAAUGUGAUGACCCUAGGCCUCGGACCCGUGGCAUGGACUUAUCAGAACUGACUGAGUGACAUAUCUGUUCGCUAUGAAUAUACAGUAAGAAAGCACAGAUAAUGUGUUUUAGAAAACAAUUAGGCCUAUUUAGUGAAUUCAUGUGCAAUCACGAGAAAGGGGUUUCCUUACAACAUGGCGGGCACACGAGUGCAUGUCAAUAUGUGACAGAAUUACAGCGAGAUAUUGAGAAGAAGAUAAGAACGCUACAGUAUGACUGUUCCCAGCUGCAGAUGCUCUUCAAGCCUUGGCCAAGAAAAGGUCCACCUGAUGACAAAGAAAUGUUCAAUGUCAUGAACACACACUCUGAAAAUCCCAAAUCCGAAGAAGUCCACAGAGAAAGCUUAACGCAAGAUGAAAAAGAGGCAAUGGAUGCCAUGGAAAAACUUCUUGUUAAGGCCCAGAAAGCAAGAGACCUACAGAAAAAGACUGAGGAGUGUCCAAAGAGUUAUUCAAGGACCUCUGCUUCAUCUUCACAAACACUUGCUUCAUCUUCACAAAGGAAAGAAUUGAAAACAGAUGAAGAGGGAAAACCAAAGACUGCCAUGUCUACUGAUAAGAUAAAUUCUUCCAUUAAACAUGAUGUUAAAAACAAAAUAUUGAAAACAUCAACUUCUGAUAAACUUACACAAAAUAAAAAAGCAGAAAUCAGAAAGCUGAAUGGAAUGAGCAGACCACCGCCAUCCAAUAAAUAUCAUGUUAAAGCACCCUUUCAAACAAAUCCAUGUCUUUCAUUUCCUAAAAAUUCCACAAAUCAGGAAGCCAUGACUAAGGGAACAAGGAGCAAAAAGUUUGUACCUAGAGGUGCAACAAAGGCCAUGAAAGGGACACCUGCUGCUGGUCAGAUCAAGCAGAGUCAGAGUGCUGGUCAGGGUCACAGUGCUGGUCAUGUCAGUCAAGGUCACAGUGCUGGUCAGGUCAAUCAGGGUCACAGUGCUGGUCAGGUCAGUCAGGGUCACAGUGCUGGUCAGAUCAAGGUUAUCAGUCAGGGUCACAGUGCUGAAUCACAAAGCAUGGAGAAAGGUGAAAUAGAGACAAAGAAUAAUGAAAAAUUUGAAAUGGAUGAUACAUCACCGGAUUCUAGAGAGAAAACGAAGUCACCGCCUGGGCACUCUAGUUGCAUCGACUCGAAAUCAGUACGUGUGGAGAAAUGUCCAGCACCUAGUGUUAGUGGUGCAACAUUCAAGGAACACAUUGGUGAACCGGAAGCUGAUAACAGAUUUCACUUGUUAAAAAAUGGAAAUGAUAUAGACAUUCCAGUCAAACUGAGGAGGUUAGUUUCUUUGAACCACAAACUGAGACAAAAAUUAGCUGUCACAAAAGUCACAAAGAAAGUGGACUCUACAAAGUCUGGACAAUAUUUCUUGGAUUCUUUAGAGCGACUGUUUGAUCGUGAUUUAGGCUAUGACAUGGCAGCCAAUCUGCAGAGAGCUGAACAAGAGUAUGACAGUCUGAGGAGGAUGCUGGAGGAGCUGACAACAGAGCUGACUGAUGAUGAAGCUAAUUUAUUUGAGGUGCUGAGAACAAAGAAUAUUUUGGAAUUAGUACUAACAAGAUUUUAUCAACUUCAGGAGGAAACUUCACUGGAAAAUACAGAAUGUCUGCAUGAUCUUAAGUUCGUCAAAGCUCCAGCGGAACACCAAUGGAGUCCUUCACCCCCACACAGCAAGUCAGCCAUGUUGUGGUCUCCAUUUAUAGAUAAAUUCACCUUGCCGUUGUUGAAUUCCCAAGUCUGUUAUCGGUCCUAUAAACAGCUGGAACGCUAUCUCCAUCUUGUGUUCCAGCUACAGUACAAACAACUGACCAAGAAAAUUCAAAGCGCUCUCGUCUCCACAGUUACAGCUCAGAUGGAGUCAACAGAUAUUUCUCCAUGUGAUUAUUCACAGUUGCUGCGAUCACUCAGUUUUGUGACAGACUCUAAGACUUACCCUGUAAUUGUGCGAGACACCAUGGAAGACACGGAGCAAUCCUCGAGCUAGUCCAGAUCUAGACACGGAGCAAUCCUCGAGCUAGUCCAGAUCUACAGUCAAUGUCAUUAUAGUUAUCUUCUGUUGUAUUUUUAAAAUCUAUGUACAUGCAUCAUAAAAGAUUUAAACCAUU